AUGAAUCCGACAGCUAUGGGUCCACGCUCGGCGUUCAUGGUCUCAAUACAGUACUUCUACACGCUUCUCUUUUGCAUAGAGCUAGCCAUCCGCGCCAUUGGCUUGGGCAAGGAGUACUUCUGCUCCAAGGAGUGGGUGUGGGCAGUGCUCGAUAUUUUCAUCGUGGCUACUUCCAUCUGGGAAGUUUUGGUGGACACCUGGUAUGCCCUCGUAGAAGACGGCUCAACCAACCUCGAAAGUGUUGGCGGCCUCGGGGGACUCAAAGCCUUCAGGAUUAUUCGAAUCACGCGCAUCGUGAAGACGGUGCGCCUGAUGCGCAUCUUCCGCUUCGUUUUAGCGUUGAGGACGCUCGUCCACUCCAUCCUUCAUACGCUCAAGGCUUUGUUCUGGGCACUGGUGCUGCUGUUCUUGAUAGUCUACGUGUUCGCCUUGAUCUUUACGCAGGCAGUGAAUGGUUACAUCUUUGAUCCUGCAGCUCCGCAGUUGCCCCCAGAAGAGCUCGAAGUCAGCGCGUCCUUCUACGGAUCCUUGACCGACACGAUGAUCAGCCUUUUCAUGAGUGUGGCUGACGGGCUGAGCUGGGAGAAAAUCUACCGGCCACUGGGGCUGAUCUCACCAAUCUGGAGCUUCUUCUUUCUGUUUUAUAUAUGUUUUGUGUAUUUUGCUGUGUUGAACGUGCUGACGGCGGUCUUUUGUCAGAGUGCCAUCGAGAGCGCGCAACACGACCACGCAACCGCUGUGCAGAACAUGAUGGCCAACAAGGAGAUGCACUUGAAGAAGAUCCGCACCCUCUUCAACCAACUGGGCACUGACGAGUCUGGCUCUAUUACUUUCGGGCAGUUCGAGUCCAAAAUCCACUCGCCAGAAGUCCGCGAGUACUUCGAGACCCUGGGGUUGGAUGUCGAGGAUGCAUGGAGCUUCUUUAAGCUGCUGGACCGGGAUGGUGGCGGAUCGGUGGAAAUCGGCGAGUUCCUAAAGGGCUGCCUGCGUUUCCGAGGUCAGGCCAGGGCCAUAGAUAUUGGUCAGCUGCUCCACGAUCAGGGCUGGCUGUUGCGACACCAAAGCAGAUUCCACACCUACAUGGAGAUGGAGCACCAGAAGCUGAUGCCACUUGCCUUGAUUGGAAAUCUGAUUGCUGCCUUUGUUUUGUUGCAUGUCGCAGACAAGUGCUUGCCAAGGGAGCAGAUCUCUUCUUUGAAGGACCUGCUAACUGGCUCAGCAGGCGGCACGCCGCGUCAAAGGUCAAGACGGCCGGACAAGGAGCAAAGCCUCCGCACUGCCGUUGGCCUUCAGUGCUGGGAUCUGCACUUCCACGAUCUCUGGUUGAGGUUGCCGCAGCCAGUCGCCUGCCUACGGGGUGGCGCGGUUAGUUUAUUUCAGUUGCUGGGGCUUCGAGUACUGCACUGGGCUGUGGAAUUUGUGGAGAUGCGGUUCCGCUGUGUCGGUCGAUGCUGCUGGAUUCCCGAGACUGCGGAACAGUUCCGCAGCUGCAAGACUCUUGGCAGCGUUGAAGAUCUGAUCAGGCAGUCCACCCACAUCUCUCGCACGAUCUCUGGCGAAGAGCACUGCGACUUCGUGAGCCAUCUGUCAGCAGCGCAGGCAGCUUGUGGCAACCUGCGUUGUCGCGGUGGGAUGCAGCAGUUUGGAAAAAUUCCGGUUGUGUCGAGGCCAUGGAUCCAAUUUGCAAUGCAAGGCGGCCCUCAAGACUUCAUCAUGGACCCUGCCGCUGCGUGGGAGGUCGUGAGGUUUGUGGCUAUUGCGCGUUAUGCCGCUCGCACGACAUUGCCUCGAGGCUCCGUUUCCAACCUGCUUCCUUCCUUUGCCAAUCUUGUAGAGCAUGAGUCCACCCUGGUGAUGUGCACUGCAGCGCUCCGGGCUUGCUCCAUCGGCCAGUCCUGGUUGUUUGCGUCGCAGCUGGUCCACCAGAUGCAGCUCACCAACACAAGACCAGACGAGGUCACCUACGGUGCCUCGCCUCAGCAGGGCUGCAACGAGCAAUCCUGGAUUCAGGAUGUGCAGAGCAUCCCAGGUGGCGAAGAGCGCUGCUGCUGCAUGCGGACAUGGCAAGCGGAGCCUCUGAGGUACCUAGGUUGCCUCAGCCUGGUUUGCUUGAAUUUCGUGAUGGAUUUGGCUGGUUCGUUUUCCUUCACAGCCGCUGGCGCCGCCUGCGCGCAGGCCAAUGCCUGGGAGGUGGCCCUGGCGCUGAGCGUGCCGCUUGAAGCUCUCUUCUAUGAGCUUCUCGGCCAUCAGCUUGGUGGUUUCAGUGCGGCCAUCAGCGCUGCCGCAAAGCAAAGCCUGUGGCAGCUGCCGCUGGAUCUGCUCGGUGCUGCUGCAAAGCCCAGCGGCGCUAUGUACAGAGCUGCCAUCGAUGCCUGUGAUCGUGCCGGCUUCCCCUGGCAUGCUCAGGCCGUACUUGUCGACUCCGAGCUGAACGGAGCCGGAAGUGACCCCGCUUCCUUUUGCUGGGUGCUGGCCAGACUUGGUGUUAACGACCCGGAAGUCAUUCACGGUGCGCUGGCAGAAGCUGCGUCUGCUCAGAAGCAGCAUUUGAACGCUGUGGAUGGUUUGCCCUUGCUUUUAUGGUCCUGCACAAUGCUUGGCGCGACAAAUAGUUUGUUCCAGUUGAGCCUCGCGCAAGAGGUGUUGCGGCGUCGGGCAGCACUUUCGUCCGAUGAUCUGCUCCUUGCAGCUUGGGGCGCGCCUCCUGUGCCGCAAGUAUUCGCAGAGCUUCAGAGCGAGAUGACCCACAGGCUAGAGCGACCCGACUCAGCCGAGCUCGGGGAGUCCUUCACCAAGGAUCUCCUGGGCGUGGCUUGUGCCUCUGCAGCUGCCGGUUGUUUGAGCGCUGCCUUCUCCGCGGCGGCGCGUCGCUGGUUGCGAACCCGAGCUGCAGUCCGGGCCGCGAGGGCUUGUCUCUCGACAUCUCCAGCCGUGGCCCCUCGCCGGUCGGCCCCAGGCGAGCCGCCGCAGGUUCUGCUGGACCUCUCUGAGACGGCGUGCAUCCUCAAGCCUUCAGGUUGGGAGGUCUACGACGACAAUGCUGACCGUCAGCUGGUAGACUUUGUCCGCCGACGAUUUGGUUGUCGAAUUUCUAGCGACGUCAGGUGCCGAUAUGGAUUCAUUCAUCGCCUGGAUGUGCCCAGCUCGGGACUGAUCCUUGCAGCAAAGACGCAUGCAUCCUACUACGGUCUCCACUUUCAGCUGGCAGCAGGCCAGAUAUCACGGAGAUACUUGCUGCUUUGCCACGGCUUUGUCGCCAAAGAGCGCCGUGUCCUGACCGCGGCUGUCGCCUGGCGACGCCAGGGCGAGGUGACCGGUGCCGACGGUGGAUGGAGGGCCCCAUGGAGGGCGGAGCCCUCCACAGCUGGUGGCCGCGGGCGGCCGAGUUUGGCAGCCCUACGCCGUGGCGCACACGGGGUGGCACAGGUCGGGGCCGUCAGCCGGCUGGCGCUGCGCAUUGCAACAGGUCGCCGGCACCAGCUCAGGAGUCAGCUCGCGCACAUCGGCCAUCCCGUCGUUCGAGACGCGCUUUACUCCAGCCAGUGGUCGUUCACGGCUGAUGCCGAGCUUUGUCAAAGGAACUGUUUGCAUCGCUCAGGCCUUGGCUUCCGCGACGAGCAAGGAAAGCUGCGAGAUGCCCGUGCUCCACUGCCUGAUGACUUGCGAGAGUGCUUGGAUCGAGUGAGACUGCUGCGAGAGUGGCCGGCAAACAGAGCAAAACCGAACAGUCAGAAGCAAAACAACUUGUGGUUCAUGGAGGGCUGUCUGGAUGUCCUGGAGCAUUCAGCCGUACAUUCAGCCUUUGAGAGCUUCACUUGUCGGAAGCUUUCUGUUUCGGCCACGGUAAAGCAUGGUAAAGAAAUAAGUUUUACUAAGGAGAAGAACGAACUGCUACUGCUUGCGGGCAAUACAACCGCGAAGGGGUGUCCAUCAUUCUCACCUUUCAAGAUGCCCAUUAAAACAGAUAAGUGCAUCUCGAACGCCAGCGUUGUAAGAAUGUGCGAAGUCCUGCAAAUGGUUAGAAGAUGCGUCGGAUACCAUGUUGGCGUGCAGGCCUUCCUUGAGUUUGCCUCCGCCAGCGCACGACGUCCACCCAACAGAGGCAUCUGGGAAAGCACGUUUUUGCUGGGCACUUCGUUCUGGGGGAACCGCACUUCGUAUAUCGCAGUCUUGGUUGCUUAUGUUUCCCAUCUCAUGGCUGAUCGAACUCAGUGGAGCACGCCCGUGAGGGCGACCUCCCUCUGGGAGGUUAUGUGCGACGGAAGGAACGAGGGCUAUGCAGACUCCUGCCAGCUGAUGCUGAUACCGAGCAACGAGAUUGGCUUGAAUGCAGCGAAGCAGGAAGCCACGUUUGCGGUGUAUGAGGCGCAGGCACCGUGUGUCAUCAAACGCGGCCACAGGCAUGUCGUGGCAGUGAACGAGACUGGUGCGGGAAGUGCUUGCAUUGCACAGUUUGAGCGUUUGGAGCAGAAGCGCGUUGCUUCUCUGAAAGAGCCUCUGGUGCCAGGGGAGGCAGGUGAGGAGCUCAGCUCAAGCUCAGUGCCCGACAAUGUUCUUUCGUGUGGGUAUCUCAUCGACUCUCCUAGUCAACUCCUUUCUCCUUUGACAGCCAUGUCCUUCUGGGAGAUUGAGGGCAUGAAGGCCGGCGUCGUGACCGGCGACGUCGCCUGGAACCUGAGCUUUUCUGUGAGUGAAUCUGACAUGGUCCGAGACUGGACGGCCCCUCCCAGCGCAAAGCAGGAGCUUGGCCGGCCUUGCAUGGUCCAAUUCUCCGAGGGUGGCUCCGCUUUCUUGGCCGCCUGGAUGUCAGCCUUCCCUGGCCUCAAAAUUAUCGCAUUCAAGGCUGGCAAGUCGCUGCCCAACGAGAAGGGAAAGCUUCAGGCCUCCAUUCUUGGGGCUGUGGCUGGUGCGCACUUCGUGCGUGCGGUGGCGCCCGCCUAUGGCUACUCGGACUUUGGGCAAGAGCUGCCAGAGGUGGUGAGCGGAUUUGAGUACGGUCUUCCGGUACUGGUGCAUUCUGACCACUGCGCCAAGAAGCUGCUCCCUUGGUUCGAUGGCAUGCUCGACGCCGACGAGGCAUACUUUAAGCCCCUGCGCCGCAUUUCGCUUGCUGGUGCUGUGGUGGUGACAGUGUUCCUGAAGGGAAGCAUCGGAAAGCAACACGGAGAGCCUCUGUUUUCCUCGCACAUGCUCGACCUCUCGGAGGAACCGGACGAGGAGAACAUCGAGAUCUGUGCCAAGUACCUGAAGAGGAUGGCGCCCAUGAACCAAAUCCUGGAGAUGGAGAUUGGCAUCACCGGCGGUGUUGAAGAUGGUGUGGACAACACCGGCAUGGCCAAGGAGAAGCUUUACUCGACACCGGAGGAUGUCUUCAAGGUGUACCAGGGCCUUAGCCCCAUCUCCGAGAAGUUCACCAUUGCGGCAGCUUUCGGCAACGUGCACGGCGUGUACAAGGCUGGCAACGUCGUGCUGAAGCCGGAGCUGCUGAAUGACAUGCAGGCAUAUGCCAGCGAGCAGCUCAAGGCCUCUGGCAAGGACAUCCCGAAACCGCUCAACUUUGUCUUCCAUGGCGGUUCUGGCUCCGAGAAGGAGAAAAUCGAGACGGCCCUCAACGCCGGCGUUGUGAAGAUGAACGUCGAUACCGACACCCAGUGGGCGUACUGGGAAGGCCUCCUGAAGUUCUACAAGGCCAAAGAAGGCUACCUGCAGGGCCAGAUUGGCAACCCGGAGGGCGAGGACAAGCCGAACAAGUGCCUGAGCUAUUAG